AUGGUAAAAGCCUUAAAAAAAAAAGCGACAAAAUAUCCGGCCAAACGAUUGAUAAUUAAACCAAACCAAAUAGAUGAUAAAUUUAUUGGUAAGUAAAUAAACAUUAAGUUUAAAAAUAUAUUGAAUACGUUUAAUAAUUCAUAAAAUAAAAAAUAAGCAAUUAAUUAUAUUUAAUAUUAUAAUUUUUACAGAAAAAAAUAUUGACGCAUUUAUAACAGAAGAAAGCUUAAAACUAUUUUCCCGAUUUAACAUUGAUGACGGAUUCUUAAAACAUGAUCCGACUUCCUGGGAAUCUAGUGAAAGUUAAUAAAAUGGUAAAAAAAUUAUUAAUUCAUUAAAAAUAGUUAACGAUACUGCAGAGAGAGCCGUGAAGUUGAUGGAAGAAUACAAUUCUACACUCACAUGAGAUGAAGAACAAAAACAAUUUAUACUANUUAUGCCAGUACAAAAUUGGGUUUUUGUUGGUGCAUUAGUAUUUUUUCUGUAGCGUUUAGAAACGAACAUGUUUUUUUCUCUUGCCGAAAACGAUGUGUGACGAAAAACAUGAGCAACGGAUAAACGUAAAAUUUUCUCGUUAAACUAAAAAAAACUCCAACUGAGUGCUAUAAGUUGUUAAAAGAGGCCUAUAGUGAGGAUUUCCUAUCUCGGGCGCGUGUUUUUGAGUGGCAUAAAUUAUUUUCUGAAGGUCGAGAGUGCACCGGAAUCCAAUUCAGUCGUAAUCCAAAUUCAAAACCAUGCUGAUCGUUUUCUUCGAUAUCAACGGCAUCGUGAUGACUGAAUGGGUUCCAGAGGGUCAAACUGUGAACCAACAUUACUAUUUGACAGUUUUGGCAACAUUGCGCGAAUGAGUUCGUAAGAAACGGUCGAUAUUGUGGAAAAACAAGUCGUGGAUCUUGCACCAGGAUAACGCACCUGCCCAUAACGCGCUGUCUGUGAAGCGUUAUUUGGCCGCUUAAGGCACUCCAGUACUCGAACACGCGUCUUACUCACCCGACUUGGCACCCUGCGACUUUUACUUGUUUCCGAAGAUAAAGUCUGCCUUAAAAGGAAUCCGGGUUGAGUCGAUGGAAGAGGUGAAACAAAAAUCGGCGGAACUCCUGAAUGGUCUUACGAAAACAGACUUCCAGCACUGCCUCGAGCAAUGGAAGAAACGAAUGAAACGGUGUGUGAAGUGGGGAGGAGAGUAUAUUGAAGGGGAGCAUUUGAAUAUAGAAUAA